AGAAUCGAUUAAAAUCGAAAUCGAUUCACUAGAAAUAUUCACAUUAAAUUCACAUUAAAUUAAUACUUACAAAAAAAAUAAAAAAACGGCAAUAUAAAUUAUAGUGAAUCCACCUUUGAGAGACAAAAGGCAGCAGCAAAAAUUGAAAGUGAAAAAAUUGCAGUUGACAUCAAAGAGCAGCGAUCAAAAUGGCCGAAGGUGGAAAUCGAAGAAUUUUGGUUAAUGUAAAAACACCAAAAGAAAAGAAAAUGAUUGAGGUGGACGAAGAUUCUGGAAUAAAGGAUUUCAAGGCCUUGGUGGCUGAAAAAUUUGAAGCCGAACCGGAACAGCUGGUUUUGAUUUUUGCCGGCAAAAUAAUGAAGGAUACCGACACUCUGCAAACACACCACAUCAAGGAUGGCCUUACAGUACAUUUGGUUAUCAAGGCCAAAACUCGCAGCGGCGAACCGGCACAACGUGCUCCAGCCGAUGUGCGCCAGACCCCAUUUGGCCUCAACACUUUGGGUGGUCUCUCCGGUAUGGAGGCCUUGGGUGCUGGCUCCGGUUCCUUCAUGGAUUUGCAGGCCCGCAUGCAAAGUGAGCUCAUGAACAAUGGCGAUAUGUUGCGCACCAUGUUGGAUAAUCCCAUGGUGCAACAAAUGAUGAAUAAUCCCGAUGUUAUGCGUCAGUUGAUCACCUCAAAUCCCCAAAUGCAAGAUUUAAUGCAACGCAAUCCUGAAAUAUCUCAUAUGUUGAAUAAUCCAGAGUUAUUGCGUCAAACUAUGGAAUUGGCCAGGAAUCCUUCUAUGUUGCAAGAAUUAAUGCGCUCCCAUGAUCGUGCUCUUUCAAAUUUGGAAUCGGUACCAGGUGGUUAUAAUGCUUUGCAGCGUAUUUAUCGCGACAUACAAGAGCCAAUGAUGAAUGCUGCUACCGAGUCAUUGUCACGCAAUCCUUUUGCAGGUCUUGUGGACAAUGGAAGUGGCAACAAUCCACAAAUGGGAACCGAAAAUCGUGAACCCUUGCCAAAUCCAUGGGGUGGACGUGGCAAUGCCUCGGGCACUGGUUCUGGCACCACUGCUAACCCAGACUUGCCACCUCGCGGUGUCCUCAAUACGCCAGCUAUGCAAAGUCUUUUGCAACAAAUGUCUGAGAAUCCCUCACUUAUGCAAAAUCUAUUGAAUGCACCCUACACUCGUUCGAUGUUUGAAGCUAUGAACCAGGAUCCCGAUAUGGCUGCACGCCUACUGAGCACCAGUCCCCUGUUGGCCAAUAAUCCUCAAUUGCAGGAACAAGUACGCCAAAUGAUGCCACAGUUUAUGGCACAAAUGCAAAAUCCCGAAGUCAUGAAUAUGCUAUCAAAUCCCGAGGCCAUUAAUGCCAUCAUGCAAAUACAACAGGGCAUGGAACAACUUAGGUCGGCUGCACCCGGUUUGGUGGGCUCUUUGGGUGUACCGCCAGCACCACCAGGCAACACCAAUACAGACACAAACACCACAAAUACCACAACCAAUACAACAGCAUCUGACAGUCGGCCAGCCACAGCACCAGGUGGUGGUCCCAAUGCACAGCUUUUCAAUGAUUUUAUGACUCGCAUGUUGAAUGGUAUGUCGACAACCGCCGAUAACACUCAGCCGCCUGAAGUGCGUUAUCAAUCACAAUUGGAACAAUUGGCCGCCAUGGGCUUUGUUAAUCGUGAAGCAAAUUUGCAAGCAUUGAUUGCCACUUUCGGAGAUAUAAAUGCAGCUGUUGAACGACUGUUAUCGCUAAAUCAAUUGUCCUUAAGUUAACAAACCUAAACCCCCUGCCUCCUCCCCUUGUGUACGUCAGCGUUUUUCUUCAUUCUUAUUUUAUAAAUAUAACUAACUAUAUACAUAUAUAUAUAUAUAUAUACAACUAUAUACUAUAUAAAAAAACAACAACAGAGAGAGAAACAAAAAAUCACACAACAUAUAAACAAAACAAAAUAAUUAUACUUGGCUUGGAUUGAGGUUGAACUCUAAUUUAAAGAAACAAAUUUCCAACAAAAUACAUAGCUCAACAGAAUAAAGACAACAACACCACUAAUCGACGAAAAUGUUGAAAAUUUGAAAACCCUUAAAGCAAAAAAAAAAAAAUAUAUUGUAUAAUUUUAGUUGCAGGCACGCGGUCCCAUUUUUUGGGGAAUUAUUUCAAGGAGGGGUACCAUAGAAAAACUAAAGUUUGGAAUUUUUGCUUUGCUUGUUGGUAUGAAUUUUACUAAUCUAAUUUAAGUAUCGGGUAUUGAUGUUUAGUUUAUAAUCACACCCACACACCCAUAAGAGGGUAUGUAAGUAUAUCGAUAUUUUCCAUCGAUCGAUUCAAAUAGGUCCACAUAACCAAAACCAAUCCCUUAAAAUAUAGUACAUGCUAAGUUGUGUUGUAUAAUUUAUGAUCCCGAUGCCCCCCUACGCCCUCACACACUUCAAACCUUAGGAAGAAGAAGCUAUAUGUAUUCGCCUAAACUAUUCCAAAAACAAUUUGAUUGUUAAGUGCAUACUAUAUAUCCCCCUGUAUAAUCAUAAAAACAGAAUAAUUUUCUAAAAUAAAAACAACAGAAAAAACUGUUUUUCAGUUAAAAAAAAAAGAAAACCCUAAAUGGAACUAUUACACCAGACAUUUUAUUGUCAUUUAAUGUAAUUUUCUUAUUUCGAUGUUUAUUAUUUAAAACAGAAAAACAAAAACAAAAACUUCAUAUAUGAAUUGUUCUACUCUAUAUAUAUAUAUUAUAUUGUAUUUACAUAAAAAUAUGAUUUAAUUGCUUGAGCAAAACAAAUAACUAAAAUUUUGUGUUGGCCCCCAUCCCCUCAGUUUGCUGUUUUUUUUUUUUUUAAAUUUGGUUUUUUUAUUGUCGAGAGCAGUUUUUGGUCUGGAGCUCUGCUGCUUUUUGUAUGACUUAGAAAUGAGAGAAAACAAAACAAAACAAAAAAACUACACUCAAAAGCAGUUGCAAAUUUGUAUUGUACAUAGGCAUAACUAUAACAAAUCGGUAUAAAACAAUAGAGCAAAAAUACUUUUAUUUACUAUAACAAAAUAUUUAGAAAUUUGUGUAGACAACAGACAAGAAGUCAGACAAACAUACCUACAUACAUGGAUGGUGCCACCUGCGUUGCAUAAUGGAAAACAUUGAGAAAAAAAAAGAGCCAGAUUCACAAACAGAAAAAAGGAUUAACUGAAAAAUUCAUUAUAAGUUUAAAUAUAACGGGAUACAAAUAAAGUUUGUUCUUUAUUUUUAAAUUUAAAGAAA